AUGAACACGCCGCCCAAGUUCUCGCAUUCGCGCCAAGGCUCUGUGGAGCACAACCUGCCCACAUCCACCGCAGCCCAUCUUCAGCAUCCCGCUUUGUCCGGUCACAACGGCAGCGGCUCCCACACGCCGGGCGCCCACUCUCCUCUCACGCACUACGGUCAUGCUCUCGCCUCGCUCGCCUACCCGUCUUCGUCGUACUCUCCCUACCGCACAGGGCACACACCUAUCCCUUCCUGGGGCUCGUCCAAUCCUGCCGCGCUUCAUACAAGCAGCGCGACUCCUUCCGCCAAGAGGAGCCAGAGCAGGGAUGCCGAAGAGGACGAAGAGGACGACGACGAAGACGACGAAGACAACAGCGAUGACUCGGACGACGAUGACGAGGACGAGGACGACGAUGAUGACGCCGAAGACAGUGAUACCGGCGACACCAGCAAGGCGAAGCAGGCCGGCAACAAACGCAAGCGCGACAUCUCGCCCAAGUCGGCCAAGGCCAAGAAGGCGACCGGUGCCAAGGACAAGGCUGGCGGCGACAAGACGGGCAAUGGUGCGGAUGGCAAGAGCGGUGCAGGAGGCAAAAAGCAAAAGCCCACACGAGGUGCUCGUGCUUGCACCAAUUGUCGACGUCUCAAAAUGCGUUGCGUAGGCGCCGAGAAGGGGCCACCGUGCAACCGCUGCCGCAACGGCAACCACGAGUGCAUCUUUGAGGAGAGCAAUCGCGGCAAGAAGGGAGGAAAGAACCAGAAAGCAGAGGCCAUGCAGCAGAGUCUGCGCAAAAUGGAGCAGACGCUCGCCACCGUGCUUCGAAGCAUUCGCGACCCUGGUCUGGCGGCUCAGCACGGCGGCAUGGUCACUCGCAGCCCUUCGCCUUCCUUCCCUCGCGAGCCGGAACGUCCUCUUCCCAAAGAAACGCAGCGAUCCGAUCCUCGCCUCACGCACUCCAAUUCGUUCUCCGGAACCGACUACGGUCCGCGCUCGCCCUGGACCCGUGUCGCCGAUCCGUACUCUUCGCACGGCACCCACGCCGGCGCUUCCCCCGCCCGGAUCAGCAAUGACGGCGCUAGCCCCGUGAACACCAUCAACCCCAACGCCAUGGCCCAGAGGAGCGCCCCCUCCACGGACGGCAGCACGCACUCUCCCGCGCACAACCACGGCAACCAAGGAACCCGAUUCCUCGAGCCGCUCCCGCAUCAUCAUCGUCAACAGACCCGACCCGGCGCGUCUGGCUCGGAAGCUCCACGCCACAAGAGCUCUCGCGGCUCGCCACGUCUCCACUCGCUGCCCGACAACACGCUCAAUCCGCUCGGUUUGCUUGCGGAGGCCAGUCUCCACAACACGCACCGGGCACGCAAGCUCGCCCGCAGUGCUGGCAGCAGCAGCGGUCGCGACAAGGACAGCCAGCGGUCGGGCAGCACAGGAGGUCAGAGUCCCGACAAGACAGUCAAGUCCGAAGGGGGCGAAGACGCCACGCCCGCCGGAGAAGGGGGCGCAGCGGAUGGAUCGAGUCGCCAGAUCCCGCUCGGUGUCGCCUCGCAGAACUACUUCCGACCUGGGCCCAUGACCAUCUUGCCUCUGCGUCGCAUCAUCAUCGAGCGCGAGAUGCCGCCCGAGCUGCUGACCCUUGGCAUCGUCACGUCCGAAGAGGUGCUCGACCUCUUCAGCAUCUUCUUCCGACGAUGCACGCAGCACGUGUGCCUGCUCGAUGCCGAGUGGCAUACUCCCACAUUCAUCUGCAGUCGCUCGCCUUUCCUCUUCACUUGCGUCUGCACCGUCGCUGCCAAGUUCUAUGAGCGCAGGCCGGACCUUCACGCCAAGUGUCUCGCUCUCACGCGCAAGGUUGCUUUCGAUGUCGUCAAUCGCGGCUUCAAGAGCAUCGAGAUUGUGCAGGGCUUCUUGCUCAUGGCGCUGUACGCACAGCCUGCCGAGCGCUUCGAAGAGGACAAGACGUGGAUGUACAGCGGUAUCGCUCUCCGCAUGGCUACCGAUCUCAACCUGCACCGCAAGAGUGUGGCGACGUUCAACCACAGCCCGCACCCCGACGACCCUGCGGUGCUCGACCGCGAGCGCGAGAUCCUCAACCGCGAACGUACCUGGUACGUCUGCUUCGCUAUGGAUCGCGGCCUGAGCAUCCAAAUGGGCAAGCCGUACACCAUUCGCGAAGACUGGAUCAUUCGCAACUGCCGCAACUGGGGCAGCCGUUUCAGCCGGCCCUGGGAUAUGUCCGUCAGCGCCGUCGUCGAUCUCUACCGUAUCAGCUCGAGGCAGCUUGACUUCCUCUACUCGUCCACCUCGUCGGUGUCGGGGCUCAACACGGAGAUCGACUACUCGCUCGUGCUCCCCGUCUUCAACGAGCAACUGCAGGAAUGGCGCGAGGAGUGGAAGUGGCGUGGUCUCUUCUCGAUGCCCGACGAGGGCGAGGAGUACGUGGAGAAGAAGAAGCGCAAGAUGGCCAUCGCUGCGGAGAAGGCGGCUGCCAAGGAGAAGAGCAAGGGCAAAGGCGCGUCGGCCAGCAGCAAGGCCAGCGCAGAGCCUGGCGCGAAAGAGGGCGCUGCCACGAACGGAGCCGCCGCUGCCAAGGACGUCAAGUACGAGUACGACGACGAUGACGAAGACGCCGAGAACCUCGACCUCAACACGCGCAUCAUGAUCCACACGUAUAGCUCGAUCCCCAUUCGGUACAGCUUUGCGGUCUUGGUGCUCAACUCGUUCGGUUUGCAGCAGGCUGUCGACCACCCGAUCGGGGCUAGCCUGGAUCGGGCCCAGUACUUUGCCAAGUGUCUCGAGGCGGCCAAGACGAUCGUGGUGCAGUGCACGGGUCCUUCGCGACGCAACAUGCGAUAUGCGCCGGAUGUGCACAUUCUGACGCUCGCCUAUGCGUGCGUCUUCCUGCUCAAGCUGAUUCGACCUGCCUUUGCCGGCUACGUCGACGAGGACUCGAUCCUGGCGCUGGUGCAGGAUGCGGUCGACAUGCUCGGCGAAGCGGCGGUCAACGAGACCCACACUCCGUACCUGUACGCCUCGUUCCUCAAGGCGCUCCUGCAAGCGCGACGGGACCACACGACGGCGUCCAAGUCGGCGACGGGUAGCCGCGUCGUCUCUCGCGCAGUGACACCCGAAGCGAUGGACACGGACGAGGCUACCGCCGGUCUCGAAGGGAACGCAAGUCACAGUCGCACCAACACCGAAGGUGGACUUGCGGGCGGAAAUGGCAUGGUCGACGGCAUUGCCAAUUCGCUGGAUCCUUCCUCCGCCGACUUUGCUGCCGGCGCCAACGGCACAGAUGGCGUCAACUGGCCUAGCCAGAUGUUCGCCGCCUCCUCCGGCAUGGACGAGUUCUGGGGCUCCCUCCUGCCACCCGGCUUCACCCAGACGUCAAUGCACGACCUGUUCGGCGCUAGCACCACCGACGCGGUGCACACGGGCAUCCACGCCGAAGCCGAGGUCACGGAGCCCGCCCAACACGCGACCAAGUUCGGCAUGGGCGGCGGCGGCGCGUUCGACUUUGGCGGUGGCGCUAUCGGCAACGGCAACGGGGGCGUGCCGUUGAACAGCGCAGCGGCCAGCGCGGCUCUGGCCAACUCGAUGAGCAUGACCCCGUUGGCGAGUGGACAUAUCAGUGGAGCCAAUACGCCGCAUGGAUUCGGGAGUAGGAGCAGGAGGACGAGUGCGAGUCAUUUCAUGGGCGGAUUGAGCGGCGUCAACUUUGAUUUCUCGAGUUGA